CCUUUCCUCCCACCAGCAGGGAAAUCAACCACAGCAGCAUGCUGCUGUCCCCCGCGCAGCCUCUUUUGACCGCACGUCGAGCAUAAUCCAAACAAAUAUUCUUACUACUUUUUACAUUCGAAAGAAACUCCCAAAAGGCAGUUCUUAGGCAGUUUAUAAGUACUUCUGCAGUUUGCCAAGUCACUGGGACCAUCGAAGAUGCCCCACCAAGAGCAGGUGCUGGCCCACGGACACCUCUGCGCCCCAGGUCCUCCAAAGAACCCCGGGUACAACAGUAACCCGGUGCCCGUCAUCAUUCAGACAGAGUCCCGCGAGGAAUGGGGCAAAAAAAUGGAUUUUCUUUUAUCCGUCAUCGGUUUUGCGGUAGAUCUCGGAAACGUUUGGAGAUUUCCAUAUAUCUGUUAUCAAAACGGCGGUGGUGCAUUUCUUAUUCCAUAUGUCCUGAUGGCUGUAUUCGGUGGGGUGCCACUUUUCUACAUGGAGUUAGCUCUGGGACAGUUCCACAGGACAGGUGCCAUAUCCAUAUGGAAACAUAUUUGCCCUAUUUUUAAAGGUAUUGGUUUCGCCAUCUGCAUCAUUGCACUGUAUGUGUCCUUCUACUAUAACACCAUCAUCGCCUGGGCCCUGUUCUACCUCUACUCCUCCUUCAGUAGCACUCUGCCCUGGACCAGCUGUGAUAAUGAAUGGAACACAGAGAACUGCACUAACUACUUCGGAAAAGACAACGUGACCUGGACCAACUAUUCACGCUCACCUGCUGAGGAGUUUUACACGAGGAAUGUCCUGGUAGUCCAUGAUUCAUCCGGGCUUGAGGAUGUGGGAUACAUUCGCUGGCAGCUCACGCUUUGCCUCUUCCUCAUCUUCACCAUCGUCUACUUCAGCCUUUGGAAAGGAGUCAAGACUUCAGGAAAGGUAGUAUGGGUGACUGCCACCCUGCCGUACGCGGUGCUGUUGAUCCUUAUGAUCCGUGGUGCAACUUUGCCAGGAGCCUGGAAGGGAGUGGUGUUCUACCUCAAUCCCAAAUGGGAGAAACUGAAGGAGACAAGCGUAUGGGUUGAUGCAGCUGCACAGAUCUUCUUCUCUCUCGGUCCUGGUUUUGGCGUUCUGCUUGCCCUGUCCAGUUACAAUCCCUUCAACAAUAACUGCUACAGAGACGCUAUUGUAACCAGUCUGGUCAACUGCCUGACAAGUUUUGUGUCAGGAUUUGUUAUAUUCACUGUCCUGGGAUAUAUGGCCGAACAGAGAAAUGUAAACGUUGAGGAUGUAGCCAGGGACAAAGGACCCAGUCUGCUCUUCAUCACAUAUCCUGAAGCCAUUGCAAAUAUGGUUGGGUCGACUUUCUUUGCCAUCAUCUUCUUUGUGAUGAUGAUUACUCUUGGACUGGACAGCACGUUUGGUGGGCUAGAGGCCAUAAUCACAGCUGUAAUGGAUGAGUACCCAGACACCCUGUCCCACAGGAGAGAGCUGUUUGUUUUUGGACUGGUGGUUGUUUGCUUUCUGGGCUCUCUCGGCACCCUUACUACAGGUGGUGCAUAUGUGGUAAAGUUACUAGAAGAAUUUGGAGUUGGUUCUUCAAUUAUAGCUAUAGUCUUUCUGGAGGCCACAGCAGUAUCCUGGUUUUAUGGUAUUAACAGAUUCAGCAAUGAUAUCAAAUCAAUGUUGGGCUAUACUCCAGGACUCUUCUGGAGAGUGUGUUGGGUUGCCAUCAGCCCAGCUUUUCUUGCUUACAUCAUUAUCAGCUCACUGUUGAACCCUCAGACCCUCUCACUAUUCGACUACGAGUUCCCAGACUGGAGCAUCACGGUCGGUUACAUCAUCGGAGCGUCCUCUUUCAUAUGGAUCCCCGUCUACAUGGUGUACAAGCUUGUGUGGACCCCAGGCUCUCUUAAAGAGCGCCUUGCUGUAUGUCUGCGACCGGAGAGAACACUGCCAGACAUCCACACAGACAGUAUGGGCCUAAGUCCUAUACUAUAGACCACUGAGAGAAAAACAACUGAUCACAACUCACACAAAAUCUACCCACAAAUAUUGGGUUACACAUGUCCACGGCCAACUAAGCAACUUUUGCAUAGCUCUAGGGAUUUGUCCUGAAAAAAAUGAAAUAUUCAAAAGUGACGCAUAUUAGAUUUAAUCUGAAAAAAGAAAACAUUCAAUGUAAAUUAUAAAUGUUGAUUAAAUAAUCUGUGCAAUUUAUAAAUGAUUGAUGUUCUUUUCUCUUCGUUUACAGUUUAUGUAUAAGAU